AUGACGCAAUCAUCAACCUCGCGACCUCGCAGAGAGAUGACCGGCGAGAUCGCCUUAUCGCACGACGAUCCGAUGCAUCUGCAGAGCUCCGAUCACCCAGGCUUACAUUUGGUCUCUGUUCAGCUGAAUGGCAACAAUUUCCUACCAUGGAAGCGAGCUAUUCUGAUCGCACUAGGAGCCAAGAACAAACUAGACUUCAUCAAUGGAAAAAUCACUGCUCCAGUGGAAGGAGAUGAUGAUUAUAUCAACUGGAAGAAGGUCGAUUAUAUGGUAACCUCUUGGAUCCUAAAUUCUAUGUCGACUGACAUUGUGGAAGGUUUUUUAUACGUUGAUUCCGCUUUUCAACUUUGGGAAAUUAUUAAUCAGCGAUUUGGAGAAUCGAAUGCACCUCUGAUAUUUAGCUUACAGAAGGACAUAGCUAACAUUAAGCAGGGAAAUUCAUCAGUUGUUCUAUAUUUCACAAAGUUGAACAGGCUUUGGGAUGAAUGUGCUGCCUUGGCUCCUUUGCCUUUAUGUGGCUGUGCUAAAUCGAAGGAUUUACUUGAAAUGGACUCACGCAACAAGCUGAUGCAGUUUCUCAUGGGAUUAAACGAGACAUACGGUUCGGUGACCAGUCAGAUUCUUCUUAUGGAUCAAUUUCCCAAUGUUAACAAGGCAUAUUCACUUAUAUUGCAAGAGGAAAGGAAAAGGAAUGUGCAUACAAUGUAUCCAGAUUCUGCUGAUGUAGCUGCUGCGGUUGUCCAACAGGGAAAAGACUUUGGAAAUAGAGGUAGAGGAAAUGUGUCAAGGGGAAGAGGACAAGGAUGGAAUUCAACACGUGGCAGAGGCCUAGGUCGUGGCUUCACAAACAGGAAGACUAAGGAAGAGAGAGCACACCUUUUCUGCGAGCACUGUGGCUAUAAUGGACAUGAGCAGAAGGAAUGUUUCAAGUUGCAUGGAUAUCCUGAGUGGUAUAAGGAGUACAAGGAGAAAACUGGUAAAGGCUAUGCUAAUCAAGUAGAAACCAUAGAGAAUUCACAUAAAGGUAUAGAUAUGGCAAGCCUUGCACAAGAACUGAUGAAAUAUAUGGGAAGCAAAUCAAGGACCUUAAGGAUUGUGAAGUGGUGGCAGAAGGAAAGAUGA